AUGUCGCAGUCUCAUCCUCUAUAUGGGAACGAAGAGGCAUUAUUGCACCUUACGCGACUGUCGUACGAAUUCCAGAUGGAGCAGGCAAAAGUCAGAAUCUUCUAUCUCAUCAAUAAGAAGCGCACCGAGCGAUUUGUGGACUUCAACAAUCAAGCAUGGCCACGGAAACGAGGCUCGGAUUCAAAAAAGUACUUCGUUGUCGGCAGCUCGCAGCAGGAGAAUCUGCACAUUGAUUUCAACUUCUACGACAUCGGUGAAAAAACAGCUAAGUGCUCACGCUUUAUCAAUUGGCCUGAUUGCAAUAAACCCGGAUUAGAGCAGGCUUGUGAGAAGCGCAUAACCCACUUCUUCCAAAAGCAAGCACAUACCCAUCACAAUGAGCCACAGUAUCAAACAAUUUUCUUGCUGCUUCACUUUCCAUCCAGAGAAGAUCACAGCACUUUCGUGGAGGAAUUCAGUUAUAUUAAAACCACUGACACUGGGAAUACCGUUUACAGGAGCCACAAGAGGCAUGUAUCCCUUUCCAAUCAAGCUUGGCUGUCAAGCAGGAUUAAAAGUUUUGUCGUUUUCGCUCCUUCUCGGGACGGAAUCACAUCUAUGGAAAGGGUAUCCACUCUGCUCCCGAGUCACCCUCCCUUCUACAUCAUUCCUCGUGACUCGCUGGACGAAUGCACUUCUGUUUCUUAUUGUGCCCCCGGUUGGGCGCUUACAGCAUCCUCUCCUGGUGCAAUUAACUACUGCAGCGGCCUGAACUUCCUGUACAGUUUGACGAAAGUAGAGUCUACAGUAACGCAGCAGCCAUGUACGAUGGGUGAUACCAAUGUGAGGACAAGGUCAUGUAGCCCCUCACAAGACAACCGCCAAAGUGUGAUGCCUGCUAUGGAGUCAAUAGAUUUGAGCGACACAGAAGAAACGUACACUCGUGACGAAACAACAGCAAAGAGUAAACAUUGCUGCAUUCAAGUCAAAGAUUUGGAAAAUACUAUCAGUGUAUUACAUGCGCAACAUGAAAGUAUGCAACAGGAACUCCAGUUGAUAUGGGAAGACCUACUAGCAAAAAACUCUUUGAUUGAUGAAGCGCUGAAUCUGGUAGGCGAUAAUGAGAAAAGAAGGUUCGGCUUGUACAGAAGUAGAGAAGACCUGGCAAGUUUAAAGCGAGAGCUUCGGCACAUGACGAUCGACGGAAGAUCGCCGUCUACGAGGCAGAUAAAUACGAUAGCAGCCUAUCCCUGGCUCUCUUAUUACAGAAAUUCUAGUGAACCUGAAGGCGAUUUCAUUCGCUGCAGACUUUGCAACGCGGGAGCAGAGACCGACAAGUACGAUCCUGAAGAAGACCACAGUAAUUGUGCCACUACCCACCACGAAAGAGGGAAAGUGAAAAAGAACCUGCUGGGGAGGGGUUCUGUGAUGUGCAUCCAAAGAUUUCACGGACACGAGUCAUCGAAAAAAACUGGCAUAGACCUCCUCAUCGCUAGAUUGAAAUCUCAUGAGGCUUCUGUCGAACACGCGUACCAAGAAAAAGAAUUCGUUAGUUCGAUGACUGCAGUACAAUCCAGCGGCUUUAGAGAUGUUGAAGCGACCAUGUCAUCUACGCUCACGGCGUAUACCAUUGCUAAAGAGGGGCUGGCAUUCAUGAAGCAGUUUCCCUUAUUGCUACUGUGUCUGCGCUCAGGAACGACGCCCACUACAGCACACUACGACUCCAGUUCGGCUAAGAAGAUGAUAGACACCUUCGCGGAGCACAUGAAGUAUGACGUCCUGAAGUACGUAAUUGGCAACGAUUUGCCGUUCUCCUUGCUCGCCGAUGGAUCUUCGAAUGACGGAGUCAAGUGGAUUGUUUUUCUGAUUCGCACAGUGUCCCCUAUGAACCGUCCAAUUACAUUCCAUCUAGCUCUAGUCGAGGUCGUAAGCGAGAGAGCAGAUGACAUUGUCAACGCACUCACGAGCACUCUUGGAGGAACUAGCUCCAUGGGCGGAGAUUCCUGGUCUGAGAGAAACACCUUACAACUUCUUCAUGAACCGAAUGGUAGCAUUGUCUUCCGAUGGUGCCUCCGUUAUGAGCGGAGAACCAGAGAGGACUUCCUUCUUUCAAUAUGUGCUGCCCACAGGCUGAAUUUGGCGGUGAAGGCACAAGAUAAUGUCGCCUUCAAUCUCACAAUAGCGGUUGUGAUCGAAAUGCAUCACUUAUUUGGCUCCACACUCGGAACACGAGGCCGUGCAUACGAUGGUCAGCGAGUCUGCAGAAUUCUCUGUCGAAGAUUCUCCGUGUAUACCCCGUCCUCAUUCCAUGCUCUAGGUAGACUAGCCACCGACACUUCCGCAUCUCCGAAUAUAAAGCAGCGUGCUGAAGCAGCGGCAUUUGCUCUGGAGGAUGGUCGCACCUUCAUCAUCUUACACCAUGUCAAUGCAACGCUAAGUCAUUUCGCUAAAUUUUCGGAAGCUCUGCAAGACGAUGAAGCUCUCCUGAUUGACUUCCUAUCUCGCUGGAAGCAUUUCGACUCUUUGCUCAGUCAUAACUCCAUAAAGGAGGCAGUGUAUGAUUAUCUCGCUCACAGUGGCUUACUUUUAAUGGCUGACGCUCACCAGAGCAAAUAUGAGAAUGCGGAUACCAUGUUCUUGAAAAAUUACUACCCUUCUCAAUCUCACUUAUACUACAAUGGCAUAAACUACUACCACAUGAGUAUUCUCGCCUUCAAUCCUCGCAAAUUCCCUGACUUCAGCGCAGAAAAAGUGCAACGCCGUAGUGCACAAGAUGAUCCACUGAGCGAGCAGAGUUUCAGAGAUCUUGCCAUCCCUCACUCACAGAGUGACAAACAUUUUCACAAAAAUGAACUACAAUCAGUGUGGAAGGAUCCCACCAUAUCCGAUGCAUUCAUACUAGGAAGGGUUUACCGACAGAUGGCGACUACAGAUCAAGCAAUCGUUCACAUCGAUCGGUUCUACGCCGAUAUUCGAGCAAAGUUUCGACGAUAUAUGUAUCUCAGCAGGCUUCCAACAGAACCUUUGUUUGAAUUUCCUUACGCCUUGGAUAGGCACAUCAUUCUAGAUAUCAUAGAGUGCAACGGCAAUACAAUGCAUUCCACAAAUGUGAUCUGCCAACUGUUCGUCCAGCAGAUAGAGGCUACCCUAUUAUAUGGACGAGGAUGGGAAUGUGGACAAGCCUCGUCGCAAGGACGCAAUCCUAUUAUCAAUGUAUUCCUUGCAAAAAUAUUGUCCCUUAAUCGGAACGCGCUCUAUCUCCGAAACAGUAACACAUUUCCACAACUUCUAUGA